AAUGAAAGAGCGACAAGCGGUUCUAUAAUAUUUAGAAAAUGUCAGCCGAUGAAAUUGACUACAAUGUUGUGUUUCCAGAUGCGGGCACAUCAGAGAGACACUGGCAGGGGACAAAGGAGCCAGUUGUCAUACUGUUGGGCUGGGCCGGGUGCAAAGACAAACAUCUCUCCAAAUACAGCUCCAUCUACAACGAGCAGGGCUGUGUCACCAUCCGCUACACAGCUCCCCUGAAGACCGUCUUCAUCUCUGAGUCGUUCGGCUACAAGGAGCUGAGCAGCACCGCACUCAAGCUGCUGGAGAUCCUCUACGACUACGAAGUGGAGAACAGUCCCGUUUUCUUUCACAUCUUCAGUAACGGCGGCUUCAUGCUGUACCGAUACAUCAUUGAACUGCUGCACAGUGACAAACAGUUCAGCUCACUGUGCGUGGUCGGGGCUGUGGUAGACAGUGCUCCAGGUAGUGGGAACAUCCGCGGGUCUCUGCGUGCGCUGACAGCUACUUUGGGGCCAAAAAUAAGCCCUCUUUUGAGGUAUGUCCUCCUAGCGCUGUUUGCAGUGAGUGUUUUCCUUCUGCGAGUUGUGCUAUACCCUCUGACGAAAUACAUUCACAAAAACCACUAUGAUGCUGUGCAGGACAGGCCGCCCGCCUGGCCCCAUCUGCACUUGUACUCCAGAGCUGACCUUGUGAUCAGGUACUGGGACAUAGAGCGUUUCAUGGAGACCGUGAAGAAGAAAGGUGUCUCUGUGGACGGUUAUGAUUUUGUUUCCAGUUCCCAUGUUUGUCAUUUCCGGGAUUUUCCAGAGCAGUACACCCGCAAGUGCUGCAGUUUUCUGUCUGCUUGCAUGAAAGACUCAGAGGGAAUGGAAAAAAUAAAAAAGAGACACCAUCUUCAAAGUCAGUGAGACUUGAGGAAAACGAUUAUACGAUGUUAACUGUUAACAUUUCUGACACUACUGCAAGAUUGAAGUUUAACGGUCCAGUGCACUGAAAGAGAAGGUUCCACUUGUGCAGUGAUACUGAGCCACACUCAGUUUGUAAAACCCAGCACACACUGGAACACGCGUUGCUGAAGUUUGUAAGUUAAAAAGCUGAACUGUUCUUCCUCGAAUGCUUUUCUAACAGUCUUCACCCGUAAGACUAUGUCAGGAGAGACCACACAAACAGUUGCUAUACACUGGAGAACUUGGAUGUAAUUUUUAAAGACUGAUUUAGUGCUGUGAAACGUGAUACAUUGUAGAUUAGAUGUAGUGAAUCUAAGACAAGAUGCAACUGUAUGUUUUGUUUUAUAAAAUGUAACUCAUAAUUUGUUACUAAAAUAAUAUUACAAAGGUAAAAUGAAGGUAAUUGUCACAUAUUGAAGUAAUUUAUCUGUUACUGUCACUAAUAGAGGCUUCAAAGUUGUUGCCUUAUAGAAAAAUCUUUCACAGUUGUGUUUUAGGUUUGAAAUCUUAUAGACCUAAUGUGUGAUAAAAGUAAAUUUAGUCUGAAAAAGCAAGUUGCGUGAUAAAGAAUGUAUGUGUCGAGCACAACUACCGGUAAUUUAUUCUUUUUAACUGAUGUGCCUUCAAUAAACCAGAAUAAU